AUGGCUUCGAAACUACCGUCCGUCCUCGCUGCGACCGAGGAGGAGAUUCAGCUGCUCUUGGCUGCUCAAUGCCAUAUCGGAACAAAAAAUUGCGAUAAGCAGAUGGAACCUUACGUCUGGAAACGUCGUGCAGAUGGUAUCCACAUUUUGAACAUCGGCAAGACCUGGGAGAAGCUUGUGUUGGCUGCCCGAGUUAUUGCUGCCGUCGAGAAUCCCAACGAUGUCUGUGUCAUUUCCGCUCGCCCCUACGGUCACCGUGCCGUUCUCAAAUACGCCGCCAACACCGGUGCCCAAGCCAUCGCUGGUCGUUUCACCCCUGGUUCCUUCACCAACUACAUCACUCGUUCGUUCAAGGAGCCCCGUCUUAUCAUCGUCACUGAUCCUCGCGUGGACCACCAAGCUAUCCGUGAGGCCUCAUACGUCAACAUCCCCGUCAUUGCGCUCUGCGAUACCGAUGCCCCCCUCAAGUUCGUUGAUGUUGCCAUCCCCACAAACAACAAAACGAGACACUCGAUUGGUCUUAUCUGGUGGCUGCUUGCCCGCGAGGUGCUGAGACUCCGCGGCACAAUCCCAAGGACGAGCGACGGCUGGAAUGUCAUGGUGGACAUGUUCUUCUACAGGGACCCUGAAGAGGUUGAGAAGCAGCAACAGGAGGAGGCUGCAGCCAAGCUUGCUGCACAACAGGGUGUAGAAACCGAGGCGCCUGCCGGGCUCUCUGAGUGGGAUGUGUCAAGUGCCCUCGACUGGGCUGCGGAUCCCGCUCCUGGAACAACAACUGACUGGUCUGCAGAGCCUGCUGCCGCUGCUGGCGGCGGCUGGGGUGCGGAUACUGGUACCGCCGGUUGGGAUUAGGUUUACGCUUUCUAUGUCAAUCGUUUGGAUGUUUAAAUAAAAGGCGUGGGUAUCUCAUCGUUAUGUAGGCUUGGGUGCCCAUU